AUGAUGAAAAGGGACAAGAGAAGACAAUUAAUAGCUACCAGGUUGAAUAAGCUAGUCCAGACGUUUGGUAACGAUCGUGAUAACUAUUAUAGGGCCGCGUUACACGAAUUGCAAACAACAUUGGCAACCUUACAGCAUGGUAGUAAUGCAGAAUACCUACAAAAUAAGGUGGAUUUAGAGGUUGUCAGGGAUUAUGAACUAACCAGGUUACGAUUAUGGGAAGAAUAUCGAGUUAAACGUAUUGAAACUGAAUAUAGACAAGAUAUUGAGCAAGCUAAAGAACAACAUGAUCGAAUGAUAAAAUUGAUUAAGGAAAAAUUGUAUGACAAAUUGCAACGUCAAAUUAAACAGUUGAAAGAAGAUAAGUUGUUACUAAACUUAAUCAAUGCCAAUAGUUGGACUACUGGAAAUGGUAAGACUGAUAAACUGACAACAGCUGCCAUUAACGCAAUGGUUAAAGAUAGAAGGCAUUUACGAAAUCAAGAAAUCCGCUCACGAUUUACCAGUGGAGAAGCUGAUGAUCUUCUGGAUGGAGGUCUUAGUGGUGAUGCCCAUUCUGGCAAUAGCCUAUCCAAUGGCAUGUCAUCUAAUACGGGGGGUUAUGGGAAUGGACUAUUAGGUCUUUCAUCAAAUAUGAAUGGAUCUAAUAGUGUUAAUUAUAAUAGUGCAUUUUCCUCUAGUGGAUAUAUUUCUGCAUCCAAAAGAAGAAGACACUAUGCCACAAGGUACUCUUCUAAUGAUGAAUUGUCUUCUGGUGUAACUACAACAACUGCAGCAAAUCAAACUCCCAUAGGUUAUACAAAGAAUGGUGCUGGCGCCAAUAGUGAGUCGAAUUUGAGUGAUAAAGAUUAUGAUCAAUUGAAUCAUCUAAUUAUGACCAAUGAUGAUGGUGGAACUUCAUUGAACCUUUUAGAGAAAAAUCAAAAUAAUCAACCUCCCAAAGCGAACACAAGAGGCUCUUCCAAACAAUUUUUGGGACCACAAGGAUUAAAACCUGAGGAAUUAAAUGAAGACCUAGCACUUUUACGAAAUGCUAUAGGGAAGCAAUUAAAAUAG